UCCCACGCUUCUCUUUCUUCCUGUCUGGCCGGGAACAUGGCGUCGCGCAAGGAAGGCACCGGCCCCACCGCCGCCUCGUCCGGCUCCGCGGGCGGCGCGGUGGGGAAGGGCAAGGGCAAAGGCGGCUCUGGAGACUCAGCCGUGAAGCAGGUGCAGAUCGACGGCCUGGUAGUAUUAAAGAUAAUCAAACAUUAUCAAGAAGAAGGACAAGGAACUGAGGUUGUUCAAGGAGUGCUCCUGGGUCUGGUUGUGGAAGAUCGACUAGAGAUUACCAACUGUUUCCCAUUCCCCCAGCACACAGAAGAUGAUGCUGACUUUGAUGAAGUCCAGUAUCAGAUGGAGAUGAUGCGCAGCCUCCGCCAUGUCAACAUCGAUCACCUCCAUGUGGGCUGGUAUCAGUCCACGUAUUAUGGCUCGUUUGUUACCCGGGCACUUCUGGAUUCUCAGUUCAGUUACCAGCACGCCAUUGAAGAAUCCGUCGUUCUCAUUUACGAUCCCAUAAAAACUGCCCAAGGAUCUCUGUCACUGAAGGCAUACAGACUGACUCCUAAACUGAUGGAAGUUUGUAAAGAGAAGGACUUCUCCCCCGAAGCGUUGAAAAAGGCAAGCAUCACCUUCGAGCACAUGUUUGAGGAAGUGCCAAUUGUGAUUAAGAAUUCCCAUCUCAUCAAUGUCCUAAUGUGGGAGCUUGAGAAGAAGUCAGCCGUAGCAGAUAAACACGAACUGCUCAGCCUUGCUAGCAGCAAUCAUUUGGGGAAGAAUCUCCAGUUGCUGAUGGACCGGGUGGAUGAGAUGAGCCAGGACAUAAUCAAAUACAACACAUACAUGAGGAACACCAGUAAACAGCAGCAGCAGAAACAUCAGUAUCAGCAGCGUCGCCAACAGGAAAAUAUGCAGCGCCAGAGUCGAGGGGAGCCCCCGCUCCCCGAGGAGGACCUCUCCAAACUCUUCAAGCCCCACCAGGCCCCUGCCAGGAUGGAUUCACUGCUCAUUGCAGGCCAGAUUAACACUUACUGCCAGAACAUCAAGGAGUUCACUGCCCAAAACUUAGGCAAGCUCUUCAUGGCCCAGGCUCUUCAAGAAUACAAUAACUAAGAAAAGGAAGUUUGCAGGGAAAGUUGAGAAGAUGGUUGAGACUCCACCAGAGUGACUCUUGGAAACAUAUUUCUGUGCUGCACAGUGGAGAGGAUUUCCAAUGUCUUUCUGGCCAAUAAUAAAACCUUGAUUGAUUGUUCACUUGC